UUCCCAUUCAACAGUCCACUCACCAUCCAUACCUACCUAUACCCGUCUCUAUGGUAUACGUUCCUUGGAGCUUCCAUACUACUAGUACCGGCCUUCAUACCACUGCUGGUGAUUUUGUGCGUCUUAUUAUCGUGUAUAUUCCUUGAAUCCAUCUUUCGGUUGAGAAUCCUACAAGCAGGAGCUGCGCAAUGGAGGAUCCCUGGGCCGACAGCGCCAUCGGCGGCGAGAGCAACAACAGCUCCUCUACAGUUCCCCAGUCCGAUGACACGGCGCCCGCCGACAGCACCGCCGCCCCGUCCACAUCGUCAACCCUGACGCCGUCAGCCAACACGAGCAGCAGCCGACCCUCGCGCCUGACACCCCGUCGCCUGGUCGCCCAACCAACCCGUCUCGAGGCCGUCAAGGACGAUCCGCUUGGUCCUCUAGGUGCCAGCACCCCUACGGCCACUGACACCCCGCUUGCCCCCCCUCAGCCGCCUCUUAAGGAGCAGCUACCCUUGAGGACGACAUUGUCCGGAGGUCCGAAUCAGAUCGGCAGCGGCGCCAGGAGGCCCGGCGGUGGACCCUCCGACCCGCACCGCAUCGAGGAGGAGGAGCUAUACAAUGAUAGUUCGAGCGGGCCAAGGCAGCCGCCGCCGGUACCGCCUGCCCUGCCAAGCCCGGUGCGCACGUCGAUGCAGCCGAGCGUCAGUAUAGAGCAGGCGGCGAACCCAACGUUCCAUAUCUCUGUCGGCGAUCCGCACAAGGUUGGCGAUUUGACUAGCAGUCAUAUAGUUUACUCUGUGAGGACAAAGACGACAUCAAAAGCCUACAAGCAGCCCGAGUUUGAAGUCAAGCGGCGGUAUCGCGAUUUUCUAUGGCUCUACAACACGCUACACGCCAACAACCCGGGCGUGGUGGUGCCUCCUCCGCCCGAGAAGCAGGCGGUGGGCCGGUUCGAAAGCAACUUUGUCGAGGCGCGACGCGCCGCUCUGGAAAAGAUGCUUAACAAGACAGCCGCCCAUCCGACGUUGCAGCACGAUGCCGAUCUCAAACUGUUCUUGGAGAGCGAGGCGUUCAACAUCGAUGUCAAGCACAAGGAGCGCAAGGAGCCACACUUGGGCGAGAGCAAGGGCGUGCUGAGCACGUUUGGUAUCAGUGUUGGAAGCGGGAACAAGUUCGUGGAGCAGGAUGAUUGGUUCCAUGAUCGCAGAGUCUACCUUGAUGCUCUCGAGAACCAACUCAAGGGCCUUCUGAAGGCCAUGGACAGCAUGGUCGCGCAGCGCAAAGCGAUGGCGGAGGCUGCUGGCGAGUUCUCGGCCUCUCUCCAUGCUCUCUCGACCGUGGAACUGUCGCCUACUCUCUCCGGCCCUCUCGACGCGCUCUCGGAGUUGCAGCUUACCAUUAGAGAUGUGUAUGACCGCCAAGCCCAACAGGAUGUGCUCACCUUCGGUAUCAUCAUCGAAGAGUACAUCCGUCUUAUUGGCAGUGUCAAGCAGGCCUUCUCGCAGCGCCAGAAGGCGUUCUAUAGCUGGCACAGCGCCGAAUCAGAAUUGCAGAAGCGAAAGGCUAGCCAGGACAAGCUCUUGAGGCAAGGCAAGAGUCAGCAGGACCGCCUGAACCAAGUUAAUGCCGAGGUGGCGGAUGCUGAACGCAAGGUGCAUCAGGCGCGCUUGUUGUUUGAGGACAUGGGCCGUCUGAUGCGCGCUGAGCUGGACAGGUUCGAGAGGGAGAAGGUUGAGGACUUCAAGUCGGGUGUUGAGACCUUCUUGGAAAGUGCCGUUGAGGCUCAGAAGGAGUUGAUCGAGAAGUGGGAGACCUUCCUCAUGCAGCUCGAUGCCGAGGACGACGAGACCGUGUUCUAUCGUCCUCCGGUCGUCCAAGCGAACAAGCCUGCCGGUGACACGGCGGUGGAUCGAGCUCGGGCGAGGAUCGACGAUGACUCCGAUUAGGAUCGUGGUCUUGUGGGAAAUGACCAGUCGGCGAGGACCACUUCGCCAUCGAACCUAACCGACCGCACGAACCAAGCAAAAAGGAUUCCAGACUAUAAGAAAGCGGAUAGUGCAUGGUCGUGGUUUUAGGAGAGGGCGAAGCUAGAACAGUCCCACAGACGGCCACAGAGACAUAAAUAACUCCUGGUCCGGGCGCCGCGCUUGGGAGGAUAGUGACAUUGCAGGAGCACCAGCCUGUUGUCGGGGCUAACAGAAAGACAGGAAGCAUAGGAGUUAGCAGCCCCCGUAUCCACCUUAGCACAUGAAUACAGAUAUAAUGACGAUGGUUUACAGAGCGAUUGCAACACGUUGUGCAUUGGAGUUCUUGAAGAAGCUUGUACUGUCCAUGAUAGGGAUGCCGAGUGUAUCGUACAUAACAUUUAUUUGCUAGGAGCAAGCAUAUGAUAACAAAACGGGAUGGGCGCACUGAAUAUUCAAAUUUUUGAAACCUCUUAUCCAUACACUUUCUGUGAUACUCGGCCCCCACAAACGAGUCUUCCAUUCCUCCUCCCAAAUUCCAUGUCUAUUUGUACAGAUCUGCCUUCCCGCGUCCUCGAUGGCCUUGGCGCGGCACCUGAUGAUACACUACCCUCCGAAGUGAUCAAGCAGCAGCAAUGACCGGGCAAACAUCCUCGUCCUCCGCGGCGGAACGGUCGAUAUAAAGAUACAAGGUGAAGGGGUCCCAGGGGUCAGAAGGAAUGGAAAGUGAACCACUUCCCACUCAGACGGCCAGGAUGCCUUGGGCAUCUUUCGGGGUUUCUUCGGGUGUCUUGAGUCUAAGAUAACCUCAACGCCUCCCCCACAAACAUUCCAUCACCCACCGCCCAACAAAUCACCCCCUCCAUUUACUUCUUCUUGCCAUAAUGACGAGUUUCCUUGAAAUUCAACCCAGGGUUCAUGUUCUCCGUAGCAUACCCACUGAUCAAAUCCGUCAAAGAGUCGAAGGGAUCAGCCUCUUCAGCCUCAGCAGCCUUCUUGGCGGCCUCUUCCUCCUCCUUCUUCUUCUUAGCCAACAACGCCUCCUCAGCCGCCUUCUUGGCAGCCUUGCCACCAGGAACACCAGCACCACCACCAGCCGCAAGAGCAGCAGCAGCAGCAGCCUCCUCCUCCGGCGUCAUCUUCGCAUCCAGAUCCCACCCGCGACCAUAUCUCUCGCGGAAGGCGGCCAGCUUACCGGCCUCGUCCAGCUCGACGUUCUUGAGCGACUUGUCGGAGGGUUGCCACAGCAGGUGGUUGCGGCUGUCCUUGGCGCUCUUGUACAGGGCCGUAGGCAUGGUGGUGCGUACCGUGAAGGUGCUGCCGUCGGAGAGCUGGACCAGCUGGGUGAAUUGGUAAGGGCGACGGUGGCGGGGGACAAAGGUUGCGUUACGGAUUUGUUGACCUUGGGCACCGUGGGCGGUGCAUGAUGGCGGCGUUGGACGAGAGGCCGAGUAGGCGGUGUAUGUGGUGGUGGAGGGGAGGGCCGAAGGGCGGCGGAGGAGGGUGGUGGGGAGUUU